AUGCGAUUGGCCAAAAACAGGGUUGACAUCGAUACCCUAAACAUAGGAGAGAUCCGCUCAAGGAAAGCGAGAACGGGGGCCCUUCUGCUUGAAAUCCCGGGAGCCGAAGGUGCCAGUAAGGCAGAUAAAUUAACAGGAAAACUCAAAGAAGCACUCGGGGACGAGCAAAACGUACUAAUCUCUCGGCCGGAAAAAACCGCGGACGUCAGACUGAGAGAUAUAGAGGAGUCGACUACGAAAGAGGAUAUUCUGUUGGCAUUAACACAAAGAGGAGAAUGCCAAAAAGAAGCCAUAAAACUGGGGGAUAUCACCUCAGCAUAUAAUGGACUGGGAACGGUAGCUGAGAUGCCCGGUAGCAGCAGCCAAAAGGAUAGCGAACAGCAAAAGAAUCCGCAUCGGCUGGACGAUGGCAAGAGUAGAGCUGCUACCCGAAAGGGCAACACAAUGUUACCGUUGCCUAGAGGUAGGCCACGUUAG